ACUAGAGGAGUGAGAGCCGUAUUAAAACGCGGCACACUUCCUGCCUGCGAGCUCAGUUCCUGUGGCACCAGGCGGGGGGGGGGAAAGCAGGAUGGCGGACAGCGGCUCCGAGCUCGGCGUCUCCGGCUGCCGGAGGUGCUCCGUCCAUCCGUCGGGGGACAGGCCGGCGCACGCCGUGGGCGUCGAGGCGUCCAAGUGGGUCCGCCUGAACGUGGGGGGCACGUACUUCCUGACCACGAGACAGACCCUGUGCCGGGACCCCAAGUCGUUCCUGUACCGCCUGUGCCAGGCCGACCCCGACCUCGACUCCGACAAGGAUGAAACUGGGGCUUAUUUAAUAGACCGUGACCCUACAUACUUUGGCCCAGUACUCAACUAUCUGAGGCAUGGCAAGUUGGUUCUCAACAAAGACCUGGCAGAGGAAGGUGUGUUAGAAGAAGCCGAAUUCUACAAUAUCACAUCACUGAUAAAACUCAUCAAAGAGAAGAUCAGGGAGAGGGACUGCAAAACAUCACAGGUUCCAGUGAAGCAUGUCUACAGGGUGUUGCAGUGCCAGGAGGAGGAGCUCACACAGAUGGUCUCCACCAUGUCAGAUGGGUGGAAGUUUGAACAGCUUGUCAGUAUAGGCUACGGGCGGGACCACCGGUCCGAGUUUCUGCUGAUUGUGUCCAGGGAGGUGAGGGGAGAGGAAGCCGGUUUCCCCGUCCACAGCAGCGAGCUGGUCAGUAUUGGCUCUUCCUACAACUACGGCAAUGAAGACCAGGCCGAGUUCCUGUGUGUCGUCUCCAAGGAGCUGCACAACCAGUCGUACGGCACCAGCAGUGAGCCCAGCGAAAAGGCAAAGAUUCUCCAAGAGCGUGGAUCUCGAAUGUGAGGAGAUGGUGUCAAAACCCUAAGAAUUUUAUUUUGCUGCACACUCCAGGUAUAAAGACAAACAUAUCACUCGGGCGAAGAGUUUUUGCAAGAUGGAAGGAACAACGUGCGGUCUUCAUUUCCCACACUCCCCUUUUUUAUUGUGUGUGUAUAUAACAGGUCAAUUUAGUGACUUUAUUGUGCCUGUACAGAAAACUGGACUUUUUUUUUUUCUUUUCUUUUCUAAAUGUUAAUGGAGAGGUGAACAACUUUUACAGUUCAAACGCAGGAAAUAUGCAUGUCAUUUGUAGGUAGCUGAGCAAAGAUGGUCAUUCUCGGCCAAUGAUUUACUCAGGGUAUCCUGUUAGGUUUUUCUUUUAAUCUUCCCUAAACUUGAAAGAUCUUGUGAGGGAUUUUUAAGUUGUAUUUAUUUGCUUGGCUUCCAGUUCUAAGAGAGAGGACUUGAGCAGUCGGUCACCUAUAGCAUUUUGAAUUUUGGGACUUUGGGGUUGGGUGUACUCUACAGUUUGGUUUAAAGCUGAAGAGCUUGGAUACACUGGGCUGUAAAGAAAGAAAAAAUUCUUUUGGGCUUCUUUUAAUGAAAAUUUGAGCAUAUUCUUUGUUCCUCUUUGCUUGGGGGAAAAAGAGAAUACCUAUAUAUUAUGUCUAACUUUAGCCUUUUAGUUUUAGGGGAAAGACUUGUUUUCUGUAUUUGAAGAGUUUGGGACACUGCUAGAGAAAUGAGAUGGUUUGUUUUGCAUUUGAGAUAUACACGUAACAUUGCAAAGAACAAAACUUGUUUGGACUUUGGAAUUGCACGUUUUGUAUACUGUAGAGUAAAUGACAUGAAGCUGAUGUACUGGAUCUAUCAUAAGACUUUCUUUAUAUAUAUAUUUACACAUGUACAUGCGUACUUACACAUACCUUUUUCAUGUUUUUAUUUCAUUUUGUAUGUAAGAGAUUUACAAAUAACACUGGGCCUUGCGAGCCUGACAUGCUGAAUUUAUUAACCUUUAUUUGGACAAACUAUACUUUCUUUUGACACCGUUUUGGACUCUGCACAGACAUUGACUGUUAAGAUGGUUCUGCUGUAAAACUGUUCUUCAUAUUGAUUGAAAGUGAAAUCCCUUUUGCCUUGCAUGUUUGCACACGCUCUGGAAUAGGGUGUGUGUGUGUGUAUGCUUUAUACACGCCCUUUAAGACAUGUGAAGAGAUGUACAUCUUAAAGAACCUUUGAUACUAAAGCUUGGCUGAAACCUACUGCACACUUUGCAAAUAUGCAAGUUAAAGCGACUGAGCUUGAAUAAUUUAAUAUCUUACUUGCUCCAGCCUUACCCGGUGAAAGUUAAGCGUCUAAUUUGGAAAUUAUUUUUGGCGAAUUUCCUUAAAGGAUAUUCAAGGUGUUGCCUUCUCCUAAUGACCAAAUCCAGUGUCUGAAGUGCAAUUUAAACAUUGAAUUCUCAUGGUCAGGGACAAGAAGAACACGUUAACAGCCAUGCUUAUGUGGUUUAAAAUCUUGGAAGCGGGUGGGUAUUUUUAAAGGGUGCAUGCAACCCCCCAAACACACGCACACGCGCGCACACAUAUUUAAGGGCUUUUCAUUGUUAUACAAAUUAUACAAUCUGUGUUGAGGUUCAGCAGAGCAGAUGUAUGGGCGGAGCCAGGAGAUGUUUACAUUUGCUGUAGUGUUUCGAAGCCUUCCAAUAAUGUUGCACACUGUCAUUCAACACCACAGCAGACGUGUUCCACAUUCGACUCGAGACUCGACCUGUCCACAACUCGGCCGAAUUAAAGACGUGUAAAUAAUGUACUGUGUUCCUCAUUUAUUACGUAUCCGUGUUCCAAAUCCAGUUUCUGCCACCCUGCUGUUUCUUGAUGCCUGCCAUGGAAACGGUUCGAGGAGCUGACACUGUGCGAGAGUCUAUAUUAAAGGCUAAUGAGGUGCUGUCACUCCUCCUCUCGCUCUCGUCUCCCCAUGUUUUUCUCUCGCUCUCUCCCCGUAUCUCUUGAGACAUGGUGCUGGUGUUUGCUGCCCGUCUCCAGUGUUUCCUGGAGCAGAAGAGCAUUGGCUGUGGAGCUGCAGCGUCUCCCUGUGGUUGCUUUUCAACGCUGCUGUCCUGCUCCCUUCUGCAGCUGCCUGCAGUUUUCUAAAAAAAAUUUUUUUUUUGCAUCUGCUGUGGUGGAGAGUAUUGCAGUUAUAUAACCCUGUGUGUGUGCAUAUUUAGUUCUUGACA